CCUGAAGGGGCUAAGUGAAAAUUCACGAAUUUUAUUUCUAUCAACUACCUUCCUUGCUUUGAGGCUUGAGCAACAUUACAUAUCCUCUCCAGACAAUGCUGCCGAUUCUAUCGUAGUAGUAGUGAAAUAUCUCUGGCGCUUCUGCUGCAGCUUGGACAGAAGGGUAAAGGUCUGGUGGCCAAAAGACAAAUUGUUCUGUGAGGGGAUUGUGUCUUUGCACGGUCAUUCAGGGAAGAACUUGGUGGUUUGCACUGAUGGUGUUGAAGAAAUUUUGAAACCAAGGGAAAGAAACUACGGAGAACCACUUCCAGAUGUUCUAGCCCAUGAAGGCACAGAAAAACACUGUCCAGCUCAAGCUUCUUUCCGUAUGCCUCCGGAAACAGAUAAUGUCAAAGAUUAUGGUGAAAAAUUGGUUGGCUGCAGAGUAAAGGUUUGGCGAUCCAAAAGCAAGACGUUUUCUGAAGGGGUUGUUGCUUCAUAUGACCUUUCAUCUAAAAAGCAUUUGGUGGUCUAUACUAAUGGUGUUGAAGAAAUGUUGAACCUGAGAAAUCAUAGAGAAACAGCUGAAGACAUUUCCCUUGAUCAAGCCCAAAAAGCACGUGCUCGUGAUUCAUCUUCUAUGUAUUCUGAUAGUGACAUGGAUGCUCAUUGGCACGCGGCAAAAAAGCAUAAGGGUCCGACUUUUGAUCUUAUGCCUGCUGGAGCAAGUCCUCUUUUGUCCAAGAAUCAGAAAGUGCCGAAACUGGAGGUUGGUAUUGAACCUAUUGAUCCCAAAGUAUCAGCCGUUCUGAGUGAUGACGGUCUGGUUAAUAUCAAUGGCUACAAAGUCAAGAGCGCUACUGCACCAGUACUCGAGGCCAUAUUUGCAAAGUACGGUGACAUUGCAGCCCAUUGUUUGUACAAAUCAACAUCUGUCAAAGCUUCUCUACUUGAAGUAAUAUGUAACAUUGUCCAGAGACUGCAAUUCUAUGACUUUGAAGCCAUUUUAUCUGAUCUUGAAGCCAUGGAAAGCGAAGUCUCAGAUGUAGAAGCUAGCAAAAUCAAAGUAUCAUGGCUGCAAGAGCAUUUAGUAAAUGUCCGUAAAGUUGCAGCCUUCAGAGCAAAGUCUUCCCAGCUCAAGAAAACAAAGGUAAAAACUGGCCUCAUCACUAAGGCAGCCGCUAAAGAGUUGAAACAACGUCAGGCUGAGCUGCUUCUCGCACAGGAGCAUUUCAAAGAGGCCGAGAAACGGGUGAAUGCUAUACGACUAGUCAGCCGGAAAAUUGAUGACGACAUACUUGAGUCCGAGUCAGAAGAAUACUUCUGGAAGAGACGAUUGGACGAUCUUCUGUAGGCUCUGUCAAUGCUACUCUUUUGAAUAUGGAGUCUACUGCUUUCUCUGUCGUCUAUUUUCUUAAAUCUACUGAACAUGCUGUCUUGAUGAGAUGCUGUUCUUGUAUAAUCAACUUCAGGACAUUGGUCUGGGUUGUGAGUUGUGCAUGUAAAUAUAUAUAUAUAUAUAUAUAUGUCUGUAUUCUGGAUUUUGUUCUCGUCUGCUGUGUUUUAAUGACUCUUCAUUUAAUUUCUGCCGACAUAGCAAAAUGGUUCAAUUUUAG